AUGGCAGACUCUCUGUGCAGCCUAUGCCAUCUCCCUCCCAAGGCAUCCUCCCAAACAAUCAAGGACCGAGGCAAGUGGGCAAGCAAGAAGGAAUUCAUCCUUUCGGUAGCUGGUGCUAUUAUUGGACUGGGAAAUAUAUGGAGAUUUCCAUAUCUUUGCUACAAGAAUGGUGGUGGUGCAUUCUUCAUUCCUUAUGUCCUGUUUCUUCUUACCUGUGGCAUUCCUCUGUUCAUACUGGAAACGGCACUGGGCCAGUACACUAGUCAGGGAGGAAUCAUGUGCUGGAGGAAGGUCUGCCCCUUGUUUGAAGGAAUGGGAUAUGCAAGCCAACUCAUCAUUUUCUAUGGUAGUAUAAGCUACAUUGUGAUAUUAGCCUGGGCAUUUCUCUACUUUUUUUCAUCCUUCUCCAGCCAGCUGCCAUGGGCCAACUGUAAUAACACAUGGAAUACAAAUUCUUGUGUGGUACUGAACACCUAUAAUGCAACAACCGACUGGACCUCGACUGUGAAUGCAUCAUCAUCUGUAAUAGAGUUUUGGCAACGACGGGUGCUGAGUAUCUCCUCUGGCAUUGAAAACCUGGGGCACAUACAGUGGGACCUCUCUUUGUGCCUUCUUCUGGCCUGGAUAAUCUGCUACUUUUGUGUCUGGAAGGGAGUGAGAUCCACAGGAAAGGCUACCUACUUUACAGCCACCUUCCCCAUCCUAAUGUUGGUGGUGCUGUUUUUUCGAGGGAUGACCCUUCCAGGAGCCCUCAAUGGCAUCAAGUACUACCUGUACCCCAAUCCUGCACGGCUAGCAGAUCCUCAGGUUUGGAUGGAUGCGGGAACACAAAUAUUUUAUUCGUAUGCCAUAUGUUUGGGAUGUCUCACAACGCUUGGGAGCUACAACAAGUACAACAACGACUGUUACAGAGACUCCUUCAUUCUCUGCUUGAUGAACAGCGGGACAAGCUUCUUAUCUGGCUUUGCCAUUUUCUCAGUUCUGGGCUACAUGUCACACAUGCAGGGUGUUGACAUUUCUUCAGUUGCAGAGUCAGGUCCUGGCCUUGUUUUUAUAGUCUACCCACAAGCUGUGACCCUUCUGCCCUGGCCUCAGGUCUGGUCUGUGUGCUUCUUCACCAUGAUCAUCUUGUUAGGAAUUGACGGUCAGUUUGCUGGGCUCGAGUCCCUCAUGACUUCCCUUACAGACAUGUAUCCAACCCAGAUCCGACAAGGCUAUCGCAGAGAGGUUAUUCUGAUGGUUAUCUGUGUUCUCAGCUAUACGUUUGGCCUGUUGUUGGUGUCAGAGGCUGGCGCAUACAUUCUGCAGAUCUUUGAUCACUAUGUAUGCAGUGGACCCACUCUUCUUUUGAUGGCAAUCUUUCAGUCAGUGGUAAUUGGAUGGAUUUAUGGUGCAGAUCGCUUUAGUGACAACAUUGAAGACAUGAUCGGGUACAAGCCUUCGCCUCUGCUCAAGUACUGCUGGAUGUAUUGCACUCCUGUUAUCUGCUCUGGCACUCUUGUAUUUUUGCUACUGAGAUACACCCCCCUGAGGUUCAACAACUCCUACGUUUAUCCUUGGUGGGCGUACUUUAUUGGCUGGUUUCUCGCCAUGUCGUCUAUUGUCAUGAUUCCACUGACUAUGGUCUUCAAACUGGCCAAAGGAAAAGGGACUCUCUUGCAGCGUCUCAAGCAAACCUCCAAACCUGCAGAUGACCUUCCAGUGAUGGCAAAGGAAAUGGGAAGCUUCAGAGUCCCACUGCAUGUUCGUGAUGAUCGUAAAAGUGGCAAUAUGUAAUAAACAGCCUGGUCACACUUUGAAAGAGAUUUAAACAUCACCGAGGCUUUAACCAGCUGUAUUUAUAUUUUUUUUUUUCAGAUCUAUCCUUUUAGAGCAAACUUUUUUAUUCUUCAUAUACAUACACACACACACACAUACACAUAUAUAUAUAUAUAGAAAGAGAGAGGGUUGAUUACUAUGUACAUGGUAGUUGUAUUCAUUUACAGAGAUGUCAUUAAGGUGAGGUGAACAGUCUGAAUGUAGUAUAUUGAAUGUAGUGUCUUCCAGUUUUCACAUGUUGUUUGAAACUUUUAACAAUUUGUAGCACCCCACAACUUUUACAUAUGAAAAGAUGUGAUGGAGAAAUGGCGUCCGAUGUAGAAAGAAGUCACAUUCCCUCCCUGUGUGUGUUGUAAUCUGAGCUUUUUAGUUCUGCCACGUUUUUUUACACUUGGUUUUAACAUUUGUCAUGAGUGAACAGAUUACAAGUGGACAGGUUUAGGGUCAAGUAUGUAAUGUACAUACAGAGGAAACAUUGAGAUUUCAUCACAUAGGCCGCAUGGAGGUUGUCUGGUUACUUUUGUCUGGGAGUGUGUCCGUAGGUGUCCUGGCUUGGGUUGUCAAAAUGUUAGAUUCUUUGAUACUCUUCCUUGUGAUUGGAACAUCAAAAAUAGCAGCAAACUCCUUCACACUGUCUAAAACGUCCUCAAAGAUGACCAAAAACUGCAGGAGUUUUUGAUAACUGAAAACAAGAGAUACCGUAAAAUCCCAAAUAUACGUUACACCUGCAUAAAAGAGUCGUCAGUCUGUUUUGGGU